UUCUCUGACAUUCCUGUGCAGAGCGGAGAGGUGGUGAGCUCGGCUGCAGAGAGACAGAACUACAAAUACCAACUCAGAACUUCAAUAAGAAAGGCUGGGAUUUUCUCAGAAGAAGAGAAAAAUUGUCCCUUUUCCCUUUAGGUUGCAACUCGUUUCUCCAUCCAUCACGUCUCCCUGUGAGCUUUUCUAAAUAGGGAAUUCUAAUAUUGGGAAAUCUGCCUGCAAGUCAGCCUGGAAGUCUUACAUUUUUAACAAGGGAUUUCUAGAAAAGCAUCCUCUUGUAUUUCCAGUGAGUGUUUUCUCCUGUUCUUCUCCUCUCCAUCUCCCUCCCUGGAGGCGGAUUCCAAACUUCAGACUGCCGUACUCCAGAGUUUACUUUUGGAGAGGCAAAAAAAGGGCAUUGUGUUGCAACACCAUACAAAGAGACCCUGGCUCCUGUAAAGAUGGCUGACGUGGUGCAGCCAGACCCCAACAGCCUGCAGAUACUUGGUGAUAAUUUAUCAGCUCCUUCAUCGCCUGCCACAGCUAGAAAUGACUGCAGCAUCACACCCCUCACACCCUCACCUUCACCGAGGGUGGAGGUCAGACCCAGGAUGUCCUGUCCGUUCUUGGUUGUCGUGGCGAUAGACUUUGGGACGACCUCUAGUGGCUACGCAUUCAGCUUCACACAGGACUCAGAGGCCAUACACAUGAUGAAGCGCUGGGAGGGCGGCGACCCUGGAGUGGCCAAUCAGAAGAGCCCGACGUGUCUGCUGCUGACUCCUGAUUUGCGGUUCCACAGUUUUGGGUUUGCAGCACGGGACUUCUACCACGACCUGGACCCAGAGGAGGCCCGGCACUGGCUCUACUUUGAUAAGUUCAAGAUGAAGAUCCACAGCACAAGUGACCUCACCAUGGAGACAGAGCUGGAAGCGGUCAACGGUCGGAGGGUCAGGGCCAUCGAGGUGUUUUCUCACGCCCUGCACUUCUUCAGGGAACAUGCUCUAAAGGAGGUGAAGGACCAGUCGACAUCAGUGCUGGAGGGAGAAGAGAUCAGAUGGGUAAUCACCGUCCCCGCUGUGUGGAGACAACCUGCCAAACAGUUUAUGAGAGAGGCUGCAUACCUGGCCGGUCUGGUGUCUCCUGACUGUCCCGAGCAGCUCCUCAUCGCUCUGGAACCCGAAGCUGCGUCCAUUUACUGCCGUAAGCUCCACCUCCACCAGGUGAUUGACCUGAGCUUACAGCCAGUCACAAACGGCAUGGAUCUGGAAGGGUCCCGGCCCUUCGACUCCAGCUUCAGACAAGCGAGGGAGCAGUUGAGGCGAUCCAGACACAGCAGGACCUUUCUGGUGGAGAGUGGAACCGGAGAGCUGUGGUCAGAGCUACAGACUGGUGACAGAUAUAUUGUUGCAGACUGCGGAGGAGGAACAGUUGACCUGACAGUCCAUCAGAUUGAGCAGCCACAGGGAACACUUAAAGAGCUCUACAAGGCUUCGGGCGGUCCGUACGGUGCCGUCGGAGUAGACCUGGCCUUCGAAGCCAUGCUGUGCCAGAUCUUCGGUGAGGACUUCAUUCAGAGCUUCAAAGCCAAGCGGCCAGCGGCCUGGGUGGACCUCACCAUCGCAUUCGAGGCGAGGAAACGGACGGCGGCGCCGGGCAGGGCCAACGCCCUCAACAUCUCCCUGCCUUUCUCUUUCAUCGACUACUACAAGAAACACAGGGGGCAGAGUGUGGAGGCCGCCCUGAGGAGGAGCAAUAUGAACAUAGUGAAGUGGUCAUCACAGGGGAUGCUGCGACUGACACAGGAAGCCAUGAACGAGCUCUUCCAGCCCACCAUCAUCAAUAUUGUCAAACACAUUGAGGAGCUGAUGGCAAGGCCUGAGGUGUCCGGUGUGCGUUUCCUCUUCCUGGUUGGUGGUUUUGCAGAGUCGCCCAUGCUGCAGAAAGCAGUCCAUAAAGCACUGGGGCGGACGUGUCGCAUCAUCAUCCCCCACGAUGUUGGACUGACCAUACUGAAGGGUGCCGUGCUCUUUGGGCUGGAUCCCACUGUGGUCAGAGUGCGUCGAUGCCCGCUGACCUAUGGCGUUGGCGUCUUGAACCGGUUCGUGGAGGGACGCCACCCUCGUGACAAACUCCUCAUCAAGGAAGGUCGCGAGUGGUGCACCGACAUCCUCGACCGCUUCGUCUCUGUCGACCAGUCGGUGGCUCUGGGCGAAGUCGUGAGACGGAGCUACACACCUGCUCGCCUGGGCCAGCGGAAGAUCAUCAUCAACAUCUACUGCAGCACGACGGACGACGUCACGUACAUCUCCGACCCUGGAGUCAGGAAGUGCGGGACGAUAACUUUAGACCUUCCAGAACCAUUACCACUACCGGGAGCAGUGGGAGGAGCAGGAGGAGGAGGCCCAGAGAGAAGAGAGAUCAGGGCGACCAUGCAGUUUGGAGACACAGAGAUCAAAGUCACAGCCGUUGACAUCAUGUCUAACCGCUCUGUCCGGGCUUCCAUAGACUUCCUGUCUAACUGAGGAGGAGCAGGAAGUGGAGACGAGGACUGGAAAACACAGAAAUAACUGAUUCUAGGGAUGAUAAUUUUAGAAAAAGCGGUACUUUGGGAUUGGGCGACAUGUUUCUUUGGAAAGAACAGGAACUUUCAGACAUUUAGGCUUUACAUUUACUCAUUAGAGUAGAAAAAUAAUCGCGGGAGGAACAUUUUUUAAAACUCUACAGCCUUCACAAAUUCAUACUCCUCAACUGAAGGGUAGGGUGCCCUCUCUGUACAGAAAAGAAGAAAUGAAUUUGUCUGCCUUCUGGCUUCAGCGGAGAGUUUGUCAUGUCACACCAUGUAAUGCUGUCACAGGCAUUUCCUGCCCAGAAAAUAUUCAGAGGAACACUUGUGUGAACUCUGUGAAAGCUAAUGCAAGCUGGUGGCCGAGUACACGUCCCUGCUGCAACGAACAGAUACCUUCUAAUAAUUCAACCUGUCCGAGGGGUAUUUCAACUUCUGUAGACAAUUUGAUUGUUACCUAGAAAGACUCUACAUAAGACAUUAUACUACUAGUAAAACUCACUCAUCAUAAUUGUUAAAUAUGAAGACUGUUGCCUUUUCCCUCAUGUAAUGACUUACACAGGGAUAUCUCACAAGUUCUGGUCUGAUACCUCAUUUAAAUCAUAUUUCACUAUCCAUACAUGAGAUAUUGAUACAACUACCUGGACUGCAGCUUGUUUUUCUAAUGUGACUAUGAUUGUGCGUUACCUAGUGGUGAAAAGACUGAACUACAAGCUGAAAAUCCUCUUGGAAGAUGAAAGCUCCUUGGAUGCAUUAAAACACACUUAAGGGUCCUUCACUAGGAAGGACUGUGGCAUUGUUGCUUCUUAUAAAGUACAUCACCAUUCACAUUCAGGUGUAUGUGUAUGUGACUUUUUUUUCUCCUUUGAAAAUCAGGAUAACAAGUUAUUUUUCCAGAUAAUUUUUCACGCGUAUACAAAAAUGGGAAAUUCAAACCAACCUGAUGCAGCGGGAGCCUGUUGAUUUGGUGAGAAACCUAGCUUUCACGUUUGACAUGAAAACCUUAACUCACGGUUCACUUGCUAGCCUUUCCAGGUGCUCUCUCUCUCUCUCUCAGCAGAAAACAGUUUGCUCAGUUGUUAUGGAGAUGACUGAGUUGUCUUCACUAGACGUUACCACAUGUUAAAACUUGACUGAAGUUCCAUACAACUGAGCUAUCGUCGUAGCAACUGAGUAAACUCCAUCAACUGAGCUCUGGAAAAGCUAACAAGUUGACUCAAGCUUCAAUGUGUCACCCAACUGUAGUAAAUCCAGCAAAUAGUCCAUCUAUUGAAAAUUUGUUUUUAAAUAUACAUAAAGUACCACACAC